CAGCUGAAUCAUGAAUAGGCUGCUUUAUUCUCCAAUGAUGGGCGGUAUCUACCGCCGGCUAGUUGCGUAAAAAGAAUCAAAGUGUUUAACUGUCAUAUCUCUGUUUGGAGAAGCAGCGCAAAAUAUAAUGGACCCCAACACUGAAGAUGCAGAGAGCCAAAAUGUUGAGGAUCGCUUGCAUCAUGAUGCAGCACAGUACAAAGUGAGCUAUCCUAAAGGGAGAAACACAAAACAGGCGGAUGAUGCUGCAAAUGAAGAGUGCAACAAAAAGAGAUACCCGGUUAGCCGCUCUGGGAACAACCCAGGCAGAGUGAAGCGGGUAGUGUCAUGUAAAAGGAAGACUCAUCAUCUGACUGUGGCUCGAAGAAAGCAGCUUGGGUCUGGGAGAACUUGUGAUGCUGCAAACAAGGAAAAUGAAACAAAAGUCUUGCAGGGCACACAGCAGGAUAUUUUCAGUAUGGACCCCUGGGAUUUCCCAUUUCAUGUCAAUAAUAUCAAUAACAACCAAGGAACUGAUAGAACUGGUUGUGAAGAGGCUGACUACUGUGUACUGACUGAGCUCACGAGGGAUCACAACACACUGACUGACGUGCUUUUUGGAAGAAAUCUAAGACUCAAAGUGGCUUUAACGUUGUGGCAGAGAAAUGUUGGAGAGCUGCUGACAUACUUUCUGAGAAUCCAAGAUACUGGUGUGUUUGUUGACUUUCUCCCCCUCAUAAGCAAAUGCAUCGAUGAGGAUUCUUCAAAGAUAACCAUCGGCUGUUGUGUCGACCUCUUUCCUUUAGUUAGCAAAGUCCUCAGCAGUCAAUAUGAAGAGCAUCUUACUGUUGGCCUAAAGUGGGUAAAUUCAGUUUUAAAAAACUGGUGGGAGGAUCUAAAAGAUAGUGGCUUCAGUGGCUCAACAAACUCUCUGCUGGAUGAAAACUUUCAAGUUUUUAAUCAGCAGUUAUGCGAAUUGUGGCAGCAGGAACCCUUUUUGAAGUCUGUUCCAGGACCUGCAGGAGACAUGGCAAAGGUCAUCGAUUCCUUCCUGUCUAAACUCACAUGUCAGCAGUGAAGAUCCUGAACGCAUCGUUCUCCGUUAACAGUUCAAUUCAAUUUUAUUCGCCUCAGGGCGCAUGAACAGUCUCCUUAGUUUUGAAAGUGUUAUUCAUAGCAGCUGCUGACGUUUGCACUGACUGGCUCUUAGUGUGGGCUGGAUGUAUUUGCAGAGCAGCUUAUUUUAAUUUCUCUUAAUUCUUAAUUUCUCUCUUAAGUAGCAAAGUAGUAUUUUGUAAAUAAUUAUCCACUUAUUUUCACAACGCAGAUAUUGUGAUGACUGUAAGAUUUUUGUCCUUUUAACUGCUUCAUUAAUGAUUAACACUUUUUUGUCAUUUGUGAUUGAUAUUAUAAUGAUAUGUUACAAAAACACUAAAAAGGGAUGCCACUAAUAUUUCUGUUUUAUGGCUGCAAAAACAACAAUUGCAUCUUCCGUAAAACUGUACAUGACUGUCUUUACCUUAAGUUGAACUACUCUUGAACUAAACUGUCAGAUUACAAGCAACACUCUUUGAAAAAGGUCAACUAACACUAAAGAACCAGAUGUUUCUGGCUCUUUAGUGUUUAUGCUUCUGAAAUGGGUAAAAUUUGAAGGCAAAAACAAUCAGCAGAAUUCACAUGGGGAGGAAAGACUGAUGGAUGUUACAUGACAUAAAGAAAUAAAAGAGAUCAGAAUUUAUAAAGAGGUAAUUUAAUCAAUUCUAUGUGUAAAAUGCAAUGAACAUGCUUCAGUUCUGUGCAGCGUGCUAACUCAAAAAUGAAACCGUACUCUGUGUACUACUCUAAUACCUCUGGAUAUAUACAAGUCCUAUGGGGCAGUUUUUUUCCCUCAUACAUAUCCCAGUGUCCAACAAAUAACAAGGGUCUAAACUACUAAUGAUACAGGAGGUUACAGAAUCACCAAUGUUAAGUACUGUAGCAGAACACAACGCUUGUUAGAUAUAAAUCAAGAUAAUAGGCUUGUGUUGAAGCAGAGGGCAAACACCAGUUGAGAUCAGGGGCUUUCACACUCCAAUUAACCCACAAAAACACUCAAUAGGAGGAGGAGUGAAAUGAGCAAAGGCUGAACCUUUAGAGUUCAGUCUCAGCUGGACUUUAAACCUCAUUCACAGUUGAAGUGAUUUAAGUAAGGCAGAGAUAUGUGUUUAAAUGUGGGUUUUAUCUCACUUUGCACAGAUAAGUCGAGGACUGGUGUCUAUCAUUUUAAGGUGAACCUGAGGAUAAAGUCCAACUCUAGCUAGGCACAGGCACUGCAAUUCAGUCUCUCAAUCCGAACUCAGCUGUCGGCCAUUGUGUUUGUGUUUCUGCUGCUUGUCAUUCGAUCAGAGGAGACAAAUACAGAGUGGGAGACGGUUCUGGUACAGACAACACAUUUCUACACUGUGUUUCAGGACACAGGUGGCUCUACUUAAU